AUGGCUCCUUUCCGUCUCUUCGACCUCCCGCCGGAGCUUAUUCUCGCAAUUCUGGAAGCCAACGGCGAGCCACGCGACCUUGCGUCCUUCAUCAGGACCUCUCGGCCUGCCUGGAAUAUCGGCCACCCGGUUCUCUAUUCCGGAAGUUUGGAGGACAAAAAGGAAGUGUUCCGCUGGGCUGCCAUUCAUAACCAACCCGGACUAGUUCAAUGGAUCCAAGAUGAUAUCCUGCCUGUCCUUGGGCAAGACGCCGCUUACAGGGAUAGUUUGCUUGAACCGGCUUCCCAAAGUGGGUGCUGUUUGAUUGUCAUGCUUCUUCUUGACAAUGGAGCUGAGCCCAUUCUAUCUCAGAAGGCUGUCGCUGCAGACCAGGUUGAAGUUAUUCAACUCAUGCUUGCAAGGGGCGCUAACGUUGAACAAUUUCCUCCACAUUAUCAUCACGGACACCAGGUGAAUUUAGGAAAGAAUACCAUUCUACACUACGCAGCACUGUGCGGGGCGGCGAGGAUAGUAAACUCUCUCCUAUCUUCGAAUACUGUCGCUGGCCUUGACGUGAACAGCACUGACUUUAAUGGAAACACACCACUAAUCAAGGCCUCGCACCAUAACCACCCCAACACCGUGGCUGCACUCCUAGCACACAAUGCUGACCCUCACAUCGUCAACUCGCCACGGCACGAAAGUGAGUGGAGUAUUGCGUUCAACCCGAUGACCCCAUUGCCGUUUACCGCAUUCGAUGCCGCGGUUCUGAACCACAGCCCUGCCGUCAUCAAGCAGCUGCUUGACGCCGGAGUCAACGUGAAUGGCACGCAGAUUGUGAGUUCGCUUGCCAAAGCCAUAACUAAAUACCGUGAUAAUUGGCCUUUGCCACAUCGUCGAGAGCAAGCUACCAAGUCCUUCCACUCAACCGUCCGCUUGUUGCUGGAUCGCGGAGCAAGCAUCCACCCGAGCGGUGCUAACAAAAUCGCUACCCUCCACUUCGCUGCUGAAAUCGAUGAUAUGAAAGUUCUUCAGUGGAUUUUGGAGCAUCCAGACUGUGACGUGAACCAGAAAGAUCUUCGUGGAGGCGUGGGCCUGACGCCUCUGUGUUAUGCGACGAGGUCCCCCAAUGCUUGUAGGGCCCUGAUCGAUGCGGGCGCCUCGGUCGAGGCUGACGGGAACCUGCCACUCAUUCUGGCCACCGUCCGUGAUCAUACCGAGGCUGUGAAGAUCUUGAUCAAAGCUCGGCCGAAAGACCUUGACCGGACCAACAACCUAGGCCAAACUGCUGUGGCAGUGGCUGCAAUACGUGGCCGCAGCGAGAUUCUGGAGAUGCUGAUCAAGGCAGGCGCUGAUCUCAACAAGCCCGACUGCGUUGGAGAAGCACCGCUUGGGCAUGCCCAUAAGAACAAGAACGGUGUCUGUACCCUGCUGCGUCAGGCUGGUGCUCGACAAGGCAUGCCCUCUGGCGCGUAUCCCAAGCACCUUCGAGCCCUCUGGGAUGAAAUCAAUUACUAG